AUGGGUCAUUUUUCGUUUGCGUUUUUCUGUAUAUUUCUGUCUAUAGUUAAUAGUGAAGACUAUGGUUGGAAACGAGCAAACAUUAAUGGCAUAGUAUCAGAUAUGGAGGGCAACAUUUUUCCUGUACAAGGUUAUAUAAAUGGUCAAGGAAACUAUGCUGGAUUGGAACAAAGAAGUGUGCCCUCCAUAUCCUGUUUCAAACAUGGUGCCCCACAAGACGUGCAACUUGAACAACCAGAACCAUCACCAAGUAGACGCUCAUUUACUUUCAUCAGUGAAAGAAAUUUUGAGUCUACUUCACAACCAUUCUUAAAAUAUGAAAAUAAUCAAUUUAGUAGAACAGAGAGUAAAGAACCUUGGCCUCCGCAAUUAAACAAUUCUGAAGACAAUUUACCUGAAAAUCAAGUUUCCUUACAUGAAACCAGUCCUACGCCUAAUGAAAAUCUUAUUAAUGACGACAUUAUUGAAAUCACACAACCAAUCCCAGAAACAACUACACCAGUAAUUGAAAUGCAAAUGAACCAAGAAAUAGUACCAACAGAACUAGAAUUAGAGGAACGCAAAAAAUCUAAGUUUGGCGUAGAUCCUAAAAUGCAAUUUAGAAGCCAAUCUCCAGUAUCUACUGAAACUCCAAAUUUUCUAACUGAAUGUGCAGAUAAAAGCAAAUUUGAUAGCUUUAAUAAACCGCCAAGGCGCUUCUUAGGAAAGUUGACUAAUGAUGUACCAAGUCAAAAGAAAAUUUUGGAGAAAAAUAAUGGCCAACAAACACAUAGUUUCAAAGCAGUUCAAUUGCCUCAAAACAAUGGAAAUGAUGUAAUCAACGAAAAUGGUACGGUAUAUAAGUUUAAUGUUUACAAAUCUCAAAACAGUGAAAAAUCUUUACAACAACCUACCGAAAACAUGAUAGGACAGGCUGGCAGUAUACGUUAUACCUAUAAUAAUAAUAUCUACACUAAAGUGAAGGACCCCGCCAAAGGCAAAGACAUUACAUACAUUAAUAAAAACACAAGAAUCAAUUUAUUGGAUAUUGAUAGAGUGUGCUAUGCUUGCAGCACUGAAAAUAACCCUACAUGUUGGUUACCGGACAGAAGAACAACUGUGAAAUAUUGUCGUAAAAGCGAUAAUGCAUGUGUGACGAAAACCUUUGGAUCUGAAAGUAAGUUUUUACAAAUUUACUAUCAAAUUUGA